CUAUGAGCCAUCACGAGCAACCGCUAAAUCCUCUUUCAUUCUUUCCAUCUAAUGCUGAAUUUUCGUCGGCCACUUUACGGAGCUGAGUAUACGUAGCACGAGCGUCACAAGGACCUGAUUCGCAUUUUGCACGGUGUCGGCGCCGCCAGUGGCCCCCUGAAUAGGUCCUAUGAGCCUUCACUUGUAAUUGCGUCAGGUCUUCAACUCAACCUUGCAAGGCGAGAUCAUCCCCACAGAGCUGCACUACGACAUGGGGAUUGUUGCAAAAGCAGCAAUGCAACUACGGUGACACAAGGUCAGCGCUUCAUUGCCGGAGUGCCCGGCCGUUCUUCUGUUGUGGUAGGCCAGCAAUUGCAAGCCCGACGUCCUACUCGACAUCCUCGCUGCAUACAUCACUAUGCACGUAGCCUUGAGUCCCAAAUUAGUCCUGCAAGGGCUCAAAGAGCAACCUACUGCUCUUCUGGUACAUGGAGGCAAGCUCUUCGUCGGCACUUCGACGGGCUCACUUUUGGUGUACUCUCUUCGUGAAGAUGGUAGCGAUGCUGAGGUUGUGGAGCAUAAGAAGACGUUUUCGCCAAAGGGAAAACCAAUCGAUCAGCUGGCAGUCAUCAAGGAAGUCAAUAUCUUAAUCAGCCGAAGCGAUGCUUCCAUAUGGAUGCAUAGCCUGACAGAUCUUGAACCUUCAGGUCCAGCACCAAUUCCUCAAAGCAAAGGUGCCUUGACAUUCACUCUGGAUACGUCAGUGCAAAAGCGCCCUAAGUUGGGUCAUGAUACUGCCAAUGUCGGCACAAUUGGGCAAAGCACCCUACGGAAAGGGGCGGCCUACCGCGUGGGAGGAACGAUUCGAAAAGGCGGCACGCUCAACUCCAAGAUAGUCGCAAGCCUCAGAGGCAUGGAUCAACUUGCGCAAGAGAAGGAAGCGAAAAAGAAACAGCUCCGGGAGGGUGCAUUGGGCUUGGGUCAGGACUCUGGCAUCGAAGACGACACGGAAAUGACUCUCGUUUCUGUCCUUGCCAUCGGUCUGCGACGAAAACUGAUAUUUCUACGCUGGGUUGAUGGCGAGUUCUGGGACACCAAGGAGAUUGCACUCCCUCAUUCCCCACGGUCGAUAGUCUUCUCGACCCCCACAAGCCUUUUCAUCGGUUACUCUCUAACAGAUUACGCGACUCUAAGGGUUCCUCUGGCUGCAGAGUCAUCUGUUGCCUGGAUUUACCGUCAAGAUACGAUCUCCACGUCGCGUGGAAUUCCAGAAUCGAGCACGGCUGGAAAAUUGGUGGACGUGGUGGAGUGGGACGAAGCAAAGGAAAUCUCCUUGCCAUCGCUUCCUAUUGGCACUGUCAAUCAACAACAGGACAUAUCAACAGCCAGUGCUGGCGGAUAUGGGGUAGGGCUAGGUGCCGCCUUUGGAUCGAUUGGCGCAUACGUGGGGAUGAGCGGAGGCCGCCAGCGUGAUCCCAGGGUCAUCUCAAUCGAUGAAGAAGAGCUCUUGAUUGGAAGAGAAACGAUGGGAAUAUUUCUCACUGCGGAAGGGAAGCCAAGCAGACGAGAUGGCAUCGAUUGGCCCACGACACCAGAAAGCACGGUCUUUCUACGGCCGUAUAUUCUCUCAGUGCUUCCGCCUACGGGCGCGUCUUUUUCCUCUAAAUUGACCUUCAAUUAUGGCGCGGGCGCGCCUGCGACGAGUAAGACAACAAUCCAGGUAUUAUCUGCUCGCACGUUAGCAGAAGUGCAGAAUCUUACUCUACCCACUGGAGCUCCUGAUGAAAAAGAUGCGACUACCCAGGUCCGGCUUAUUCAUCUUCCGACACUUUCUGCUGGUGGCAAGCCUCCGCUCUACAUUGUGUCGAGCCCAGCAGAUCGCAGCAUCCUGGAAAAAGAUGGCGUCAUGAUUUGGCGCUUGGAAAUGGAACAUUGGGGAACUCAGAUUGACGAGCUAGUCCGCAAAGGUGGAUUCGAGGAAGCCCUUGCCCUGCUCGAUAGCAUCGACCAGAUCAUCCUUGAAGACAAAGAGCAGCGGCGGAUACAGGUCCAGAACCUUUAUGCCGUCCACCUCUUUUCAACGCAGAAAUUCGACGAUGCAAUCGAGAUCUUUCUAGCACUGGACACAAACCCAGCUCAGGUGCUCACUCUAUACCCUGAGGAGAUUUCUGGCGCCUUGUCGCAUCCACGCUCCCAGUGGUUCAGUGUCUUUGGCGCAGAAGAAAACUACGAGAUUGAUCCUCUGCCCACAGCCAAGGGCACGGUGGAUGCUACGGAAUCCUCGAUCGAAACCAUUGGCUCCGUUAUUCCUGCACCAAGUCGAGCCUCACCGCGAGGCACGCCUAUCCUGCGAGACCGAAGCCGGCUUGGCUCGUUACUCGCCGGGAGACGCCCUCAGAGCAUCUAUGGCGAUCAACUGACGCAGCAGGUGCCACAACAGUUUUCUCCGACAUCCACGCCAUUGGGUUCCAGUCCGAAUCAAAUCGCAUCAGUAAGUCCAUCGAGGGCUGGCAAGGUCAUCGGAAAACCCUUUGCUCCUGAGGACGAUGAUGCUGGGAGCGUCCGUUCCUUCAACUCAGUAAUGACGACCCGCCGCGAGAAGAAACUCCUGAAGGACGAUGCUUUCCGUGCAUCGUUGGAUGCACUCGGCAAGUUUCUUGCGGAUCGACGGCGGAUCUUCAAGCCACUUCUCGAAUCCCACCCAGAAUCGCACGUUGCUCAAAGCAAAUCUCAAGAGCAUCGUGACGUAUCUCAAUUACUUGCAAUUCCGUCCGCUCCAUUGUCGACGUUGACAUUGGAUCAGCUCUCCGAUGUUGCCCAGGUGGUGGACACUGCAUUACUCAAGACAUUCCUGGAGAUGAAGCCGGCUCUUAUCGGCCCCUUGUGCCGGUUGGAGAAUUGGUGCAAAGUUGAAGAAGUUGAAGAGCUGCUCCAGGAGCGGAAAAAGGUCUCUGAGCUGAUAGCGCUGUAUGGUGGCAAGGACAUGCACAUGAAAGCAUUGAAGCUACUUCGAAAAUCCGGGCAAAAGGAAGGGGACGAGGCGGAGCGUUUGGGGCCAACAAUACGAUAUCUUCAGAAUUUGGACCCAAAGCACAUCGAUGUCAUCUUGGAGGCCGCUCAUUGGGUUCUCGAUGAGGAUACAGAUUUGGGUCUUGAGAUUUUCACGGCGGACACCGGGAAAGUCUCAUCCUUCCCACGCUUCGCCAUCGUGGAGGAUUUGGAGCAAUUUUCACCGUUGCUCUGCAUCCGGUACCUUGAAUUUAUUAUUGGGAGCCUCAACGAGAGCGAACCAUCUCUGCACGAAAAGCUGCUCUUCCUCUACCUUCGUCGGGCAACAGAACUGAGAAAGUCUGGAGAGCAAGAGGAAAGGGCCGCAUUGCUGAAGAAACUGCUUGCUUUCGUGGAAAUUUCUCGACAGUACGGCGCGGAGUGUGUGCUCGGGCGCUUGCCGCCGGCGCAAGAAGACCUAUAUGAAAUCCGUGCAGCUUUGCUCGGACGAUUGGGCAACCAUGACGCUGCACUUAGCUUGUAUGUGCAUGUCCUCAAGAAUGUCCACCAGGCGGAAGAGUAUUGCAAGCGCGUGUGGACUACCCGAGAGUCUCGAGCGGACAACGACGUCUUUUUGACCUUGAUCAAAGUCCUUCUCCGGCCAGAUGGAGCAAAUGGGCAAGAUUCAUCUCGGCAAGCGCAAUCAGAAUCAUCAGCAGCAGAGACUCCAGGACUACCUGUGCUUGACGAAGCGAUCAGAAUCAUCGUACGACACGGAGCGCGCAUCGAUGCGGUCGCAGCUUUCGAGCUCCUGCCACCGAUGGUGCCCAUGCAGUCGCUUGAGGCAUUCAUGUCGCGCGUCCUCCAGAUCACCACGGCUGAAAGGCACGACGCGGGGGUUGUAUCUUCUGUGUUGAAGGCGAGAGAUCACCAGCUGGACCAUGGUCUUAUGUCUCUCAAGUCCAAACAUGUCAAAGUUACGGAGACCAGAAUUUGUCCGCGCUGUGGCAAGAAGCUCGGCAACUCGGCCGGUAUCACAGUGAAACCGAUCUCGGGCAUUGUGACGCAUUACUUUUGCCGCGAGGACGGAGCAACUGCCGACGAUGCUCUUGCUCGCAGGAUGCGAUUGCGAGAUCUGUACCUGUAGUCGCAUUCAUUGCUAUGCUACAUCGCAGCAUGUCUAUGCUCCGAGGUUCAAUUGGCUGUUUCUCCUGGCACCGUGUCCACUUCUCGUGUUGUCAUAUUGCUUGCGUCAUUAUCACCAUCGCCACGUGGUCUUGCGACUGUCUUUGCCUCCAUCGACGCUGUAACGGAUGGUGGCUCCUUGGUCUUGUCCUCACGCGCCACACCUUGCGUGAUACACGUUUGAUAGUUGUAUU